UUUUCUUUUCUUUCUCCGUUUCUCCGUUAUCGCUUUUCCUCGUCGCCAUUUCUUCGGGCUGCUUCGGCCGUCGCGCGCGUCGCGUGAAGUAGUUUGAAGGCUUCGCGUUAAGUGGUGUUGAAAGAAUCGCUAAAGAAGCUUCUUCGCCUCCUUCGAGGGCGUCGGAUCGGAGGUUACGACGGGAGCUUGCUCGCUGCGAAGUUUCUACUUCAGACUUGUUCUCAGCUAAAGAUGGACGCAAGGCACUCGUUAGAAAUUCGGAAGCAUCUUGAUGAACAGGGCCGAAUUCUGCUGGAAUCGUAUCGAACAAUGUCCCAUGAAUUGCAUAAUCUUCAAGUAGAAGAAGAAAUGCUCAUGCGCAAACUUUAUGAGCACAUGUUAGCGGAGGGUUUGAUCAAAAAGAAACAAGGAGAAGAAGCACCUUCACGUAAAGAUUCGGCGACGCCAAAGCCCUCUUAGCUUCAACUCAACGUGGCUUCCUUCCAUAUCUCAGCUUCUUGCAUUGGUUUAUGUACUUAGUCACACAAGAUCAAGUUACAAGCCCCAUUUGGACAUCUCCUCUGUUGCAGGACAUCUCCUAAGUACUCAAUUAUAUAUAUUUUCCAUAUAUCAGGACAUUUUAAGCAAAAAACAAGUGAUAUUUUCAAAGUGGAAGAUAAUUAAAUGAAAGUUGUAUAUAUGAGAAAAUGAUUAUAGUUAUCUCUUGACGUUAUAUGAAGGGUCGAAUGAUCUCCAACUAUAUUAAAGUAUCAUUUUAUUCCCUCGUUGUCAGGUCCGAAGUUCUGUACGAGAAAAAUAGAGAAUGAUUUUUUGUAGGA